UUGGUUUGGUUUGCGACCUUGAUGUUCAACGCUCCCCGUGCCCAGCCACGGUAUGGCGUCAACCCCACUGGAGGCUUUGGAGGGAGUUUCGUCGACGAAAACCCUCUCUCCGUCUCUGUUUAUGACACGGUCGACCCUUGGAGCGCAACACCCAGUCCGACCGCGACACCAGCACCCGCAGCCAACAACUCAGUCUUCAGUUCUGUUAUCGCGGAUGCAACAGUCCCUGCGAUCUACAACCAGUCUUUCCAGCUCGUGGACACAACCAACUCGGGCGAAGUUUCCGUCAGUUCGCUCUCUCGAGUGCUUGGAACGUCUAAUCUCCCCGCUGGCACUAUCGACAAGAUCGUGAAUCUGGUCAGCAGCAAACCUCGCGUCUCCAAACUCGAGUUUUUCGUGGCCUUGGCGCUGGUAGCAUUGGCUCAGGAGGGGAAAGAUGUUAGCAUUGAGCAGGUUGCAGCGUUGUCCUCUCAAAACACGCUUCCCGAGCCAACGUUGGACCUGAACAGACUCCCGCCAUCUACUUCCACGUUUUCACCUAUCAACUACAGGCAAAAUACUGCCACUUCUUUCACACCAGAUGACCCUUGGAACACGAAUUCGCGGGUCACCCCUGGCUUUGAUGCGCCGCCUCCAUUACCAUCGAGUCUGUCUGGCACUGGCCUGCCUUCAUAUUGGUGGAAGAAGCAGGAAACAGUCAAUGUUACCCUUCUGGGACCCCAAGGAUUCAUCUUGAACCGUUAUAUGGUCUACGAGAUAACUUCCUCGCGCGGCGCUCCCGUGUCAAGGAGAUAUUCGGAGUUUGUGUUCGUUUGGGAGUGCUUGUUGCGGAGAUACCCUUUCCGGCUGUUUCCCUCACUUCCCCCCAAGAGAAUAGGCGGUGAUGAGGUCUUCCUCGAGCAGAGAAGACGCGGAUUGGCUCGUUCACUCAACUUCGUGCUGAACCAUCCCGUGAUCAAAGAAGAUGCCUUGCUUGCCGCUUUCCUUACUGAACCAUCUUUCGAGUUGUGGCGAAAGAACACGCCCGUGUCGCUCGAUGAAGAGUCUGUCAGCAAACGCGUCGACAGGAACGAGGAAAUGACAAUACCCAGUGAUCUUGAGGAGAAACUUGCGAUUCUUCGUCGCAGGAUCAAUCCGCUAAUUGAGCAAUGGCAAAGAAUAUGCAUAUUGGCGGAGCGUAUAAUCAAGAGGCGAGAAGCAGCAGCGGUACGGAUACCUCCUGCCUUCAGACCGGAUGCCCUCCAAGCUCAUUUCACUUUGCCCAUAUUCUCGUCUUCCUCUUCAUCAUCAUCGGACUCUGAACACUCUCCCUCAUUAUUGGACUCAAUCAUGUUUACAACGCAUCUACCACCUCAACAGGGCGACAUGGCGCGGCUUACCAACACAUUACGGGCGGUGGUUGAAGUGAAUGAGCAAUGCUGGCGCGGAGAUGAUUGUGAACUUUCCUCUGGCGUAAGAAGUGGUCUCCAACAAGUGGCCGCCCAUGCUCAGCGACAUUCCGAGCUAUCUGAAUUACGGACGAGGGCAUUAUACGAUACCACUCUGGAGCAAAUCAAGGCUCAAAGAGACCUUUACAUUGCGGUGAAGGAUUUGCUUAUUCGGAAUGAUCGGCUUUCUAUCGACCAAGUUGAACGGCUCAAGCAACGCGUUGAAGCGACAUCUCUCAAAAUGGAGGGCGUAAAGGUUGCCCAGAAAGAGGGCUGGCAAGACGAGGUUGAGCGACAAGUUGCCAGCAUUGAAAGGGAUAAGGCGACCAUUGCUGCACAACUCAGCCGAAGAGUGUUUAUUCGCGCAUGUCUAUGGCAUGAGCUUCGAGUUGUCCUCCACAACCGGGAGAAUGCUUCAGUUAGUCAGAUGAUCCAAACUUUCGCCCAGGAAGAGCAAGUGUUUUCAGAGAAUGUGACCAACACUUGGACUUCACUCAACGAGGCCGUCGAGGUUAUGCCUUUUGAGUAA